GCCAUCUGUGCGCUUUAUUUUCUCCUAGUGGCGACGAGGGGUGAGAGGGAGAGAGGGAGGAGAGGAGAGGAGAGGGGAGUUUGAAUCUCUCCGCCCGCACAAUCUAUUCACCUUCUCGGCUGGCAGAAAACGUGCGGUGCCUUCUCCGUUCAUGGAUUUUACGGUUUCGCUCGGACGCACGAGACUCCGGUGGCUGUUUGUCUCGCCGUGGGCUCUUAAAAUCACAGGCGCACUCACUUCGAUGGUGAGUUUUUCGGCGUAGCUAACGGCAGAGCGCGCGAUGGCUGAGCCGCAGGCUUCGGAAUCCGUGGCGGGACCCUUGCACGAGCUCGUCUCCGAGGAGACCACUCCGACCCGGGACGCGGCGGCGGCGGCGGCGGCGGCGCUGGGCAUCAGCGAAACCUACCAGACAUACCUGGACGUGUCGGCGGCUGGACACCCGGUGUACGGGGCCGAGGGGGUGUACUCUAACGGACGUUACAGGGAGCACAGCAGCCCGAGGGUCGGCGCCCGGAACCGCGACAGCUCUGCGGAGAGGUGCACCGGCACCGGGAAUCCACCUUGCGGUAUUAUGAAGGAUGGUUCCAAGCAGAGGCAGGCAAGGAAGAAGACCGUCUCAUUCAGCUCCAUGCCAAGUGACCGCAAGAUGAACAGCACAGCUGCCUGCAUGGCCUUCAUGAUGGAAGGCUGUGAGAUGAAGAAAGUUCGCUCUAAUUCUCGCAUGUACAAUCGUUACUUCCUGUUAGACCCUGAUAUGCGCUGGCUCCGCUGGGAACCAUCAAAGAAAGACUCAGAAAAGGCCAAGCUUGAGAUCAAGAGCAUCAAAGAGGUUCGAUUGGGGAAGAAAACACCCGUUCUGCGCAGCAACGGCCUGUCGGAUCAGUUCCCAGAUGAAUGUGCAUUCUCAAUUAUAUACGGAGACAACUACGAGUCCCUGGAUCUUGUCGCCAGCACAGCAGAUGUGGUGAGCACCUGGGUGAUGGGACUGCGGUACCUGGUCUCAUAUGGGCGGCACAUGGUAGGUGUAGUCGAGCCCAGUCAACCCAGUGUAAGAACAUCCUGGAUUGGGUCCGUGUUUGAGUUAGCUGAUCCAGAAAGGCAAGGACACAUUGACCUAUUCCGGGCCACCCAAAUCAUCAAAGGUCUCAAUCCUGGCAUGAGGGAGUCUCGUAUUGAACUCAAGUUCAAAGAGCUACAGAAAGCCAAAGACUGCUAUGGUGAAGGCAUUGAUUUAGACACAUUUGUAGAGGCCUAUUGUGAACUGUGCACACGUCCUGAGAUCUUUUUCUUGCUGGUGCAAUUCUCCAGCAACAAAGAGUACCUGGACUCUAAGGACUUGAUGCUCUUUGUAGAGGUAGAGCAGGGAGUUGAGGGAGUCACAGAGGAAAUGUGUCGGGAGAUUGUGCACAAGUAUGAACCGUCCGCUGAAGGACGUCACAAUGGCUACUUGUCCAUAGAUGGCUUCACACACUACCUCCUGUCAUCCGAGUGCCACAUUUUUGACCCGCAGCACAAGCAAGUUUGUCAGGACAUGACACAGCCCCUUUCACACUACUACAUCAACUCUUCCCACAACGCCUCACUUUUGGAAGAUCACUAUUGGGGCUCAUCGGACCUUAGCAGUUAUGUUCGGGCUCUGCGCAUGGGUUGUCGAAGCCUGGAGGUUGUAGUCUGGGAUGGCGCUGACUGCGAGCCUGUGGUCUAUGUCGGUAGCUCUGUUGCCUCCCAGCUGGCCUUCUGUAAAGUUCUAGAUGUCAUUAACCAGUAUGCCUUUGAGAGUUCAGAGUAUCCACUAAUCCUCUGCCUUGUCACACACUGCAGUAUUCCCCAGCAGAGGGUCAUGGCUCAACACCUGAAGAAGAUCCUUGGGGACAAACUCCACGUUGACUCUCCCAAUAUGGAGGAUCACUACUUGCCCUCCCCUGAAAAGCUCAAGGGAAAGAUACUCAUCAAAGGGAAGAGCUUGCCGUCAGACUCGCAAGACUCUGAAGGGGAGGUCACGGAUGAAGAGGAAGGCUUCGAGAUGUCCAGGAGAACGAUGGGUGGAGACGAUAAGGACCAGCUCAAUGGGAUUGGCUGCAAAUGGUUAAGACUCUGUAAAGAACUUUCUGACCUAGUCACUCUCUGCAAGUCUGUUCAGUUCCGUGACUUUGAGACAUCGAAACGGGAACAGAAGCAUUGGGAGAUUUGCUCCUUUAAUGAGGUUGAUGCCAACCGCUUCGCCAAUGAGUUUCCUGAGGACUUUGUCUCCUACAAUAAGCGAUUUCUGUCACGGGUGUACCCUACGCCCAUGCGCAUUGAUGCUAGCAACAUGAAUCCACAAGACUUCUGGAAGUGCGGUUGCCAAAUCGUGGCCAUGAAUUACCAGACUCCAGGAUUGAUGAUGGAUUUAAACCUUGGUUGGUUUAGGCAAAACGGCAACUGCGGCUAUGUCCUGCGCCCAGCUAUAAUGCGUGAGGAGGUGUCGUAUUUCAGUGCCAAUGCUCGUGACUCGCUUCCAGGAGUCUCAGCCCAACUUCUCCACAUCAAGGUGAUCAGUGGUCAAAACUUACCAAAGCCUCGAGGCUCAGCUGCUAAAGGCGAUGUGGUAGAGCCGUACAUCUACGUGGAGAUCCACGGAAUUCCUGCAGACUGUGCAGAACAACGCACAAAAACUGUCUCUCAAAAUGGUGACAAUCCAAUUUUUGAUGAAAGCUUUGAGUUCCAAAUCAACCUUCCCGAACUGGCUGCUUUGCGUUUUGUUGUCCUUGAUGAUGACUACAUUGGCGAUGAAUUUAUUGGCCAGUACACCAUUCCUUUUGAGUGCCUGCUUCCUGGUUAUCGGCACGUACCACUGCAGUCACUUACAGGGGAAUUUUUGCCUAACACCACACUGUUUGUUCACGUUGCCAUUACAAACCGUAGAGGUGGGGGCAAGGCCCAUAAGAGGGGUCUCUCUGUGAGAAAGGGCCGCAAAGCAAGGGAAUACACCUCCACAAAGACCACAGGAAUCAAAGUGGUAGAUGAGCUCUUCAGGGCAUCAACUCAGCCAUUACGGGAAGCAACAGACCUGCGGGAAAAUGUGCAGAAUGCCAUGGUGUCGUUCAAGGAGCUCUGCGGCUUGACUCCGGCAGCUAACAUGAAACAGUGCAUCCUGACUGUGUCCUCCUGGCUGAUGAACAGCGAGCGAGCGCUGCGGGUAACAGUCGAUCUGAGUGAGGCCUACCCCACCAUGGAAGCCCAUGGCCCGAUACCAGAGCUGCUGCGCAAAGUGCUCACCGCUUAUGACACGAUGAUCCAGACAAGUCGCACACUGAUCGAAUCAGCCGAUGGCGUGUACUCCAAACUUACACAAGCACAGCGAGCAGGAUUGGACUUUCAUGAAGAUCUGCACCGGAUCGGGGCGAGAGAAGGACUGAAAGGGAGGAAGUUACAGAAGGCCAUGGAGAGCUACGCUUGGAACAUCACUGUGCUGAAGGGCCAGGCAGACUUGUUGAAGCAUGCAAAAGGAGAAGCGGUAGACACUUUGCGACAGAUUCACUGUGCUGCUCACUCGUGCGGUUUGGCCAAGAACGGAGCCUCCACGUCCCCCGCCUCACCUCUACUGCCGCCCCACCCUCGGCCCCUGCACACCAUCCACGAGACUGAGCCGGACAACACCACCCUGCACUGAGAGAGAGAACGAGAGAGAAACAUUGCUUUUUCAGUUUAUCCACAUUGUGAGGAAGGUGGCCUUUGCCUCUUUAAAAUUGGGAAAGGGAGCCGUAAGGAAAGAGUCGGGUGGAGGGAUUCAGGGAAGGACACACACAGGUCUGCUGGGCUCUGGUCUUAAAUUGUUAUCCCCACCAUGGAGUCACGUUUAAAGGGAUUACAGUGACCUGCUCUCCUGUGACACAGCUGCUGUGAUCGCUGUGACACUAUCCAGUCAAAAUCCCCAAAUCUCAGCCAUGUAAAGUAAAAAAUUACCCAAACAUUUAAAUUCUUUUACUCACCCCAUCUGUAUGGUGUUUAGUUGAACACAAAAGAAGGCAACUUGAAAAACAAUUUAAAGCCGCUGCUAUUGAGAUUCACUGUAGUGGUUAAAACAUUCUUCAAAACAUCUUCUUUUGUGAAAAACGGCGUUCAUAAAUCUGCAGUAAAUUCUAAAAUGGGUCAAGAGUAGAAAACUACUUGCUGGAAGAGAAGUAAAGCAUUUUGAGCAAACAAAGAGAGCUUCAGGAAACAGAACAAGACAAAGCAAAGCAAAUGUGAAUUCACUUAUAGAGGCAAAGGCCUCCUGGGUUUACACCAACAUAGAACUAAAGACUCUCUCACUCCCCCUGCUGGCUCCUCCACACAUUUUUAUUAAUUUUACAACUGACUGAAAUAAAAACUGUCAGCUCCGUACACCUUGGUUCUAAAAGGGGCCUUUAUCCAGGUGUUUUGUGUGUGUGUGUGUGUGUGUGUGUGUGUGUGUGUGUGUGUGCGUGUGCACGAGUGUGCGUGAUGCGUAUGUGGUGUAUUUUGAAUAAGGAAAAGUGUGUAUUUUGUUUCGAAACUGGAAACUGGACACGUCCCGUUGAGGUAGGCUCUACUGGGAAGAAUAGAAACUCUGGGAAAACAUGGAUCUCAGUCGCUGAGAGAAAAGCACCACUGAGGAUCAGACAAGCAAAUAAUUAUUUCAAUAAAUGAAGAAUGAAUCAUUUUAAGGCAAGGUAAAGGACACUUGACCAUCUCAUUAAGAAACACAUCACACCCAAUAAUACACCCUGUUCAUGAAUAUUGUUAUUACUGCUGUUAAUAUUGUGGGUAGGUGUUAAUUAAAAUGGAGGUUAUUUUAUAUUUGUGUAAACAGGUGUCAUUCUGUACCAGUUUUCAUCAGUGAAAAAUUCACAGGAAGCUGAAAUGUAAACUGUUUGGAGAUGAUGGGACCAGGGUGGAAAUUAUAGUUUGAGUCAAAGAAUUUGGGUGUUUACUGUCACAUUAAUGUCAAAUAACAUCUGAUUGAGAUGAUGUCUGUCAUUUAUAAAGCCCACAUGAUGUUAUAUAAAAGCUGAUUGACAUCA